GCCCAUACAACUCUCCUUCAAAGGAAAUAACCGUUGUUACACUCAAAGAAUCCCCGGAGAAUUCUACUGAAUCACACUAUAUUACACGGUUUUUCUUUACUUUUUUCUGCUCGUUCUGUUGACGCAAGUGAAGGGUUUAAGGGUGUCCUUCUUUUCAUCCGAAGAGGGUCUUUCUUUGCUUGCUGGAUCCGAGGCUUCUCAGCUCAAAGCUUAGAGAGCUUCAAGGUUCAUGCUUCCAAUCUGUAAGUAUUAAGAAAUAGAAUCUGUUCCUUUCAAGAGAAUCUAGCUAGAUUGAUUGAGAUGAGGAAUGCUCUCCCUCCACCGGUGUCCUCACAGUUCUACAGCGUUGAAAAUGAUGAAGUUCAGAUGCCAAAUUUGGAUGUCAUUAUGCAGAUGGAAAGCAAGGGAAAUGUUUAUGGGGAUGCUUUUUCUAUGGAGUCCAAAGUAUUCAGCAGCAGCUACCAGCUAAAUGAGUCCUUUUCCAUUCCUUAUGUGACCCCUUUCGUCUAUCAACAAGAUUAUCAAUCUGGCAACCUCAGCUGUGAUAACAUUUCCCAACAGUCAAGUUUGCUUGCCACUGAUCCUGCAUUUCUACAGUUUGAAUGGGAUAUUAAGAACAUACAGAAUGCAAGGAAAUGUCCAGUUGGGGUUAGUGAUCUGUUGCCGCCCUUGAAUGUGAUCAGUGGUUUGGUUGAAAACAAUACCAAUUUAAAUGAGAAGAAGGAGAAUAGGAAAAGGAAAGUGUCUGCUUUUGAACCACAGCAACCUUAUCAACUCAUGGGAGCAUUGGCAGAAAUCAGAGAGCAAAGGUUGCAGGUGCCGCUGAGGAGAAGCCAAAAGCUAAGUGACAAGAUCACAACUCUUCAAAAGCUGGUUUCCCCAUAUGGCAAGACUGACACAGCUUCAGUACUUCAAGAGGCCUCUCUGUAUAUCAAGCUUCUUCAAGAACAAAUCCAGAACUUGUAUAAGAUGCUUAGUAGCUCGUAUAGUAGUGCUGCAGUACUUCAGACACAGGAAACUGGAAGCAAAGAGCAAAAUUUGAGAAGCAGAGGACUAUGUUUGGUUCCCCUCAAAUUUACACAGAAAGUGACGAAGGAAGAGCAAAUAAAUUACAAUGCCAUUUUGAGAAAAGCCAUCACACCUGCUAAUUUUUAAUUCUGCAUACCCCUAGCUAUCAUGGCCAUUUAUAGUUAAACUUUUACUUUUAUUCUUCUUUCCAGUUGUACCUUUCAUUUUUAUGAUAAAAAUUUAGAAUAGACGUACUGUUCAGAGAAAUGCCUUUCUCCUCUGUUUGCUACUUUUAUCAUUGGCUGAUGUAUUGUUUUUCAGAGAAAUGCAAUUUGCUCAAUUUAUUCUUCUUGGUUGUUCAAGAUACAAAAGUAAUAUAACGUUCAAAAGUAA